AUAAAUAUUUAAUAUACAAAAUAAUUAUUAUAGUUAAAAAUAUUUAUGGUUUUUUAAAGAUAAUCUUAAUGAUUAUAUAAACUAAUGCUUAAACACCAAACCCUCUCAACAAACUAAUCGAACCCAUCACUUUCAGGGCACAGAAUCCCCCCAAGUCACGACGACCCAGAAAGUGAGUCACACUCGACCCCAGUAAACUGCUAGCCAGCUGUCUACUCAGAGUAUAUAAUUAUUAAGGUAUUUGCUGUAGUUUGAAAUGAAUCGAUUUCGAGACACACUGACGCACAGAUUGGAUUUGAAGACACACAUAAGAAGACUAGGUUAUAUAUCCCAUAUAUAGCAGGCAGAUGGCCGGGAUCUAUACAAUUCCAAACCACUUGUGGUUAUUGCUACUACUUUUAAGGGUCAUCCAGGCUCCUAUCUGUAUGGAUAGCAAUUGCAGGGAAUCUGAUCGUUAUAAGCAUAAAGUACCCGAACGAUGUAAAUAUUUGCUAGAAGAAGUUCAGACAUUUGAUCGUAAAUGCGGUGGCACCUAUCCACUGAUGGCCUUUACGAAAUUUCGUGAUUCUUUCGUAAAGACUGGCGAACCAUUUGGUAUCUAUAUGCCAAAUACUUUAGAUCAUGUUAUGGUGCUAAUGAAGGAUUCGGCAUUACAGAAUUGUGCACACUUGCAGUUGGCCGAUUUAAAUACGUUCUUUUGUUUGGACGAUAAUAACAAUGAGACCAUCAAACUGGAUGUGGCUCAUAUGUAUUGCUUUCCAUUUCAUAUACAGCUGCCGGAUGAUUUGAUGCAGGAAUGCCUCAGGGAGAACGAUAUGGACAGGAGGCAUCUGGACGAAGUCCUACGCACCAGACGAGGCGUUAUCCAUUAUACUUUCGGUGAUAGUCGGGGCCAUCGUGCCAUUAUUUCUGGAUAUUUCUGGCCGCUCUUUCUGCUUCUACAGCUCUUUCAAGCUAUGCCAGCUCCUGCUCCUACUCCUGCUCAAAAACCAUGUUGAUGAUGAUGAGUCGUAAAUUUUUAUGCGAGCUGCCAUAAAGAUUGAUCGGUUAAGCCAAAGGGGUAGAGUAGUUUUAAACAAAAAAACAAAAAAUAAUAAAUCUAUAUAAAUUGCAAA